AUGAGCGAGGCGAUCGAUGCGGCGCACGCGCCGCGUGUGCGCCAGCAGCUCGCGCAGCACCGCACCACACUGCAGCAGGUCGAGGAGCUCCUUGCGCGCAUGCCUGAGAUCGGCGCCGAGCUCGCUGAGCACGCAUCCGAGCAGGCACGCAUCGAGAGCCUGGACACGAUGGCUCGCGCCCUCCUCGACCUGCGCGAGCAGACCCAGGCGCGCGAGGCCGCGCUGCGGCGCGUGCAGGAUCAGAUUGCAUCAGGCCAUGGGGGGGCGGAGGUGCCUCGGGCGUAUGAGCAGGACGUGCAGGCACACUGCGACGCAUACGAGGCCCGCACCGCGCGACAAAAAUACGCGAAGGACACUGCAUACGUCGAGUUUCGCGCGCGCAUUUGGGAGGUGAAUGGUGACGGCGCGAUGCCGCCUCUGACGGACAUGAUCCCGGCUGAGCCGGGCGACGGGGCGGACGACGAUGAGCUCGUGGUCGGUGGCACGGUCCAGCAGUUCCGGUGCCCGCUCACGGCCCUCAUUCUCGACGACCCGGUUGUGAGCUCGGCGUGUGGCCACGCGUACUCGCGCGCCGCCAUCCAUGCCUACCUGCAGGAGCGCCGCCUCGAGACGCGCCACGUGCCAUGCCCUGCGGCUGGCUGCCCGGAGCGGGUCUCGGAGCGUCUUCUCCAAGAGGCGCCCGAGCUUGCUCGGCGCGUCGAGCGCUACCAGCGGCAGCUUGCGCGGAGGGAGGCACAACGACGCGAGGCCCAAGUACUCGAGUAG